AAAACAAUACGUGGUGCGGUGAAGUGCACACGUCUGUGCAUUUUUUGAUUAGAAAAAAAAAAACAGAAAUAUUGUGCCAGUGUUUUUUAAACAAAAAGGUUUAACACAUACAAAAAUGAGUAACAGCGUUGGUUUACGGUUUCCUGAAUGGGACAUGGCUAAAAGCAAAUACGAUGAAGUGGACUCCCUACCACUCAUGGCCACUCCAGGUCCAAUGCUCAUGAUAUUAGCGGCGUAUCUUCUCUUCGUGUUGAAGAUUGGACCCUCGCUUAUGACCAAACGGGAGCCAUAUAAGCUGACAAUCACACUUCUUCUGUAUAAUGUAUUUCAAGUUGUGUUAUCAGCGUAUAUGGUGCAAAAGUAUGUAUCGAUGCUACUUGAUAAAGGCUUUGCACCGACUACGUGUUACAUGCACGACAAGAAAGAAAGGGAACAGAUACUGUUUGAUAUCUGGAUAUACUUCGCGGCCAAAGUAACCGAAUUGCUGGACACUGUAUUCUUCGUUCUAAGGAAGAAGGAUAGCCAAGUAACAUUCUUACAUCUCUACCACCACUCCAUAAUGAUGUUCGGUACCUGGAUGUACCUGAAAUAUUGGCCGUCCUACACUCUGUACUUUAUUGGAUUUCUAAAUGCUCUGGUGCAUGUAUUUAUGUACACCUACUAUGGCUUGGCGGCUUUGGGACCGAAAGUCGCUAAAUACAUUUUCUGGAAGAAGUAUAUGACGCGUUUACAGUUGAUACAAUUCGUCUGCAUAAUAAUUCAUUACAUCAUAGCCGUGAAUCGAACUGAAUGCCCUCCAGCGAAGGGAGUCGCCAUGUUCGUCGCCUGCAAUACGUCAUUCUUCAUGUUUUUAUUCCUUAAUUUCUAUAGACAGAACUAUAAGACUAGCAUCAUCAAAUUGGAUGGUACCAAAGGCUGUAUAGGAUUAAUAGCAAUUAAGAAGGAUGAGAAAAGAGUAGAAGAUAAAAGUCAAUAGUUGCGUGAAGAUAAUUUAUAAUUAUUGGAUUUAGUUCUAAUAGUAUAUUUGGAAAAGAGUGAAUGGUAUUUUCUUGAGUAUUAUACAUUUAGAAAUAAAAAACU